UGUUAUGAUUCUCUCUCCCACACACAAAUAGAAGUUCUAAAAAGAUGUUUCAACAAGCUCUGUGGCUUUCAUGCCUCAUCUCCACUUUCUUCUUCCACCUAUCGUCAUCUGCAAUAGACUCCUUCAUCUAUGGCGGAUGCUCACAGCCACGGUUCACCCCUGGCUCACCCUACGAGUCCAAUGUCAACUCCAUGCUCACUUCCUUAGUCAACUCCGCUUCUUUCUCCAACUUCAACAACUUCAAAAUCUCCGUUCCAGGGUCCACCCAGUCUGAUAUUGUCUACGGCCUCUUCCAGUGCCGUGGUGACCUUAGCACCACGGACUGUAGAGACUGUGUGGCCCACGCCGUCAGUCGACUCGGGGUCAUUUGUCCCGGGUCGACUGGCGGGGCCAUGCAGCUCGAUGGAUGUUUUGUAAAAUACGAUGGCACAUCUUUCUUAGGGGUUGAGGACAAAAUGGAAGUGUUCAAGAAGUGUGGAUCUUCAAUCGGUUACAAUUCAGAUAUUUUGACACGUAGAGAUGUUGUGUUGGCUUACAUGGCGGCGAACAACGGGCAAUAUUUUCGGGUUGGUGGGUCCGGGAGUGUGCAGGGUGUGGCGCAGUGUGUACAAGAUUUGAGUUUGAGUGAGUGUCAAGAUUGUCUUGAAGAGGCGGGUGGGCGGGUGAAAUCGGAGUGUGGGGCAUCUGCUUGGGGUGAUGUGUACUUGGGGAAGUGCUAUGUGCGGUAUUCCGAACGUGGGUUCCACUCGAGAAGUGAUGAUGACGAUGGUGACAUGGAUAAAACAUUGGCGAUAAUCAUUGGAAUCAUAGCUGGUGUGGCAGUGAUUAUUGUUUUUCUAUCUUUCUUAACCAGAAUUUGUGACAGAAAAGAAGGCAAGUAAAAAAGCUACAUGGAUGAACACAUAUGCCCUUUAUCAAGGACAUCAUUGAAGCUGUAUAUGGUAUCAUCAAGAUCAAGUUGCUUAGCUUUUUCAUCUUACUUUUAUGAGGUUCUUUCAUGUUAUUGGUGGACAAUAUAUGUGAUAUAAAGAUACACAUUGAAGCAAGUGAAAGGAGAGUUGAAAUAAGAACAAAGUGAAAGGACUCUUAUGUACAAAGAUGCCCUAAUGGAUUGCUUUCACUCCCAUUUAUACCCAUCCUUUUCUAAUAUUACAAAAGCAAUUAAUUUUGUUGUAA